AAUCAGCAAAAUCGUGUCGCUUGUUCAUUUUAAUCAAAAUCAAUCUCACUUUACCUCUCACAGUUCUCACACACAAACCAAAAAACUUAAAGCCUUUCCUCACCGAUCUCUGAACUACCAUAAAGUACAGAGUAACCAAAAAAGCGCUCGGAGAUUCAUAGCUCUCUCUGAAAAUGGCUAGCGGUGGAGGUGGAGGUGGAGGAGCAGGAUAUGGAGAUUCGAACCAGAAGAUAGACUAUGUGUUCAAGGUGGUGCUGAUAGGUGACUCGGCGGUCGGGAAGUCUCAGAUACUGGCUCGGUUCGCACGCAACGAGUUCAGUUUGGACUCCAAAGCCACCAUCGGCGUCGAGUUCCAGACUCGCACUCUUGUCAUUGAGCACAAGAGUGUCAAGGCUCAGAUCUGGGACACGGCUGGUCAAGAACGAUACAGAGCAGUUACAAGUGCAUAUUACAGGGGUGCUGUUGGGGCAAUGCUGGUUUACGACAUAACCAAACGCCAGACUUUUGAUCACAUACCUCGUUGGCUGGAAGAGCUGCGUAACCAUGCGGACAAGAACAUUGUCAUCAUUCUGAUAGGGAACAAAACUGAUCUCGAGAAUCAGCGUGCAGUUCCCACAGAGGAUGCCAAAGAAUUUGCUCAGAAGGAAGGACUGUUUUUCUUGGAGACCUCGGCACUGGAAGCAACGAACGUUGAAACCGCCUUUUUGACUGUGUUGACAGAGAUCUUCAACAUUGUGAACAAGAAGAACCUAGUUGCUGAUGAAAAUCAAGGUAACGGGAACCCUGCAUCUCUGGCUGGCAAGAAGAUCCUUAUCCCUGGUCCUGCACAAGUGAUCCCAGCUAAGAGCAACAUGUGCUGUAGAUCAUCAUGAUUUGAUUGAAUUGAGGUUUAAAAAGAGGGGAAUCUUGGUUCUGUGUUACUCAUAGCAAUUCUUUUAGGUGUGUGAUGUGUUUCCUUUGUAUAUCUUUCAAUGCUUAAGUUUAGUUUGCAGGAGGAAGCCAAUUAUAUUCAUGUUUUGAAAUGGGAGAAAGAACUAAAGAUGAAGCUAAGUUGCAGAUUGCUUGUUACGUAUUUGAUGUCUCAAAACUUAAGUUAACACUCUCUUUCAAUCAAUUUCACAAUUCACAAUUA